AUGCUGCGGAAAGACGCCCAGGAGAAGAAAGGAAGGGCGGCCGGCAAGGGAAGGAAGGGUGAUCAGGUAAGUCAGGAGCACCUGGAUUUUGACAGACUACUCUUAGAAAAGAUAAAGCUCUGCCUUUCAAAGAAUCUACCACCUCGCACUGACUGCAAGGAGUUUGACCAUGACUUUGCCAUCUCCACCUUCCAUGGGGUCCACGACAUUGUCCGGAACCACAGUAGAAUUCGCAAGGUGGCCAGCUCCAUGGGGCUCAUGGUCUGGCACAUCUAUAGCCGUCUGGCCAACUACUUCAGGACCCCCCCCCCCAUGACAUCUACGGAGGUGCAAUAUGUGGAGAAGACAGAGUUCCCAGCCGUGACCUUCUGUAAUUUAAACAGGUUCCAAACAGAAGCUGCAGCUACAUUCGGCGUUAUUUUUUUCUUACGGAAUAUCGUAUCCAAAGUCCUUCAUCCUCAGGAAAUCAGUACCAAUUCCACUGGCUCUAAAGAGGCUAUUGAUUUUCUUGCAAGCAAGCAAAACUUCAGCAUUACGCAGUUUGUCAAGACAAAUGGUUUUUAUCUGAACAGUAGCACUUUGUUAGAAUGUGACUUUUUUGGAAAGCCAUGGGGCCCAGAGGAUUUUGCACAUGUAUUCACUGAAUAUGGAAAUUGUUUGAAUCAUGGUGAAAAUAUCCAAGCAAAGGAAAAGGUGUUUCUGGAAGAAGCUUGCUUAAGCUUGCUUUUCAAUGUCAAUUGGGAGGAGUUUACUGAUGACGCAACCCUCGGCUUUGUCGACGCUGGGAUCAUCUUUAUUAUCCACUCAGGGACGAAGGUGCCGCAGUCUGAUGGGUUAAGCUCGCCAUCACCUGUGGGAAUGCAUGCUUGGGUGACCCUCCGCCAGGUGCAGACAGCCCAUCAAGAAUACCCUUGGGGAGAAUGCAACGCUCACAUGAAGCUGCAGAAUCUCAGGACCUACAGCACCUCUGGCUGUUUGCAGGAACGCAAAGCUUGGCACAUAGAGAAGCAGUGUGGAUGUCUGUCUUUUCUGCUUCCUGGAAAUGGUGUAGAGUGUGACCUACAAAAGUUUUACAUCUGUGUGUCUCCUAUACUCGACCACACUGAAGUUAAGGGAUUAUGUACAAUGGGAACACAUAAUUCCAGCUGCCCUGUUCCUCGUGAAGAAACAGAAUACCCUGCUGCCAUUUCUUAUUCUACUUUUCUGAGUCAAAAAGCUUUGAAACAUCUUUCCAGGAAGUUGAAUCAAAGCCAGCAAUAUAUCAGGUAAUCCCUCAUUAAAAUCCAGAUUUUAUUUCAUAAUUUAAUGUUUAAUUUGCUUUUCAUGAAAAAACAUGAUUUAUUCACUUUCUUUAUUGGUUUUAUUCCAGCAGAUCUUGGAGGUCUGCUGGGCCUAUUUUGUGCCAGCGUGAUUACAAUUAUAGAAAUCACUGAGUAUAUAUUCACCAGUUUCUACUGGAUAUGCAUUUUGUUCUUGCUGAAGAUCUCUGAAAUGAGCCGGGCUACUGCACCUCAGAUUCAUCUGGGGAAUAAAAACAGCAUACAGGAAUGCUCAUCAAAGCGAGAUGCCUGA